AUGUUUCUGAGCACACUUCUCCCAUGCCUUCUUCUUCUCAGCGCCUCGGUCGAGGCUGGCUUCCUCCGACCGCUGCCUUGCACAGAUACCGAUAACUCGCUGCUGGAGUCUAUUUCCCUGCAUGGUUUCCUGGACCGCGAGGAUGGCAAUGACGUCCUCUCUCUUAGGUUUAUAGGAGACUAUAUUGAUGAUCGAUGUGACGAGCUGAAUGGAUCUUUGGCGCGGCUCUCGGUCGACGCAAAGGCCCUUGGCCACUCUGUCAUCGACGGGGAGCCUCGGAACCUGCAUGGCAGAUGCCCUACGCUCUCGCGGGAGAACUAUCCACGAUGGGACAAUCGCACCUACGCCAUCUACGAGGGAUCAUUCCCUUUGAAGUCCUUGCUCCCGUUCAGCACACUGGACACCACAAUCCGCGUCCAGCUGAACGAGACCACCCUGGCUUGUACGCGCACCUAUAUCACUCCGUAUAUUGGGUCCGUGGCGUCAAGAGCUCUAGUGGGCAUUCCGUUGGUUCUUAUGCUUCUGGCGGGCAUUGUGACGGGCGCUCUGAAGAGAUCGCAGAAACGGCGCGGCAGUUUCUUCCGACAUGAAGCGGAUGAUGCAUUGCGAGACCGAGUCGACACGCCAAUGCCCGGACUAGGCCCUUGUCUGCACCAUCUCCAGUUUGUGUUCUUGAGCGGAUGCCUGACACUGCCCUAUCCCGGGUUCUUUCGAGCGGUUGCCAGCAAACUCGCCUGGUCGUCCUUAAUCUUCGCGAACUGGCCGGUCACCCACCAGUUCACGUACCCCGGGGUUGAAGAUGGUCUCUUCUCAGUCAAUGCGACGUAUGGCCUGGAGGAGAUGUCGCAGUACCUCGGGAGCACGACCGCAAGCGAUCUGUGGACGAAUUCGAUUGUCAAUCUCGUUCUCGUUGCGGCCGGUGUCGCAAUCACCAUACUUCUGGUUACUGUCUGCAAGUUCGUGUGGGAGGGUUAUCGAUCUCAGACGAACGACAUGGCCCUCCUCCGAACUGAGAUACUGUCACAGACGCAGCGCAUUGGCUGGAGUAUCACCCGGAUCGUCCUCGACUAUUUCCUGCAUCCACUGGUCGCGUUUUCCCUAUACCAAAUGAACUACCCGCAAUGGUUCCCCUUCCACACGUCCAUGGCCAUGAUCGCGGUAAUCGCCCUAGCCGGAAUGCUUUUCUUUACUGUUCGCUAUCUUGCGAAGACCAAUCGCCACAUACUACUCUUCCACCAGACACUAUUCGCCACGCCCGUCAGCCAGCCCUCUGCGUUCUACGCGCUCUACGGAGUCCCGUUCGUCCGCGGCCUCGCGAUCGGCGCUCUCCAGCGCUACGCACUUGCCCAGCUGCUGCUUCUCGGCGCAUGCGAGCUGUUUAUCCUGGGGUGCUGCCUGUGGAGUGCGUACUCUAGACUUCCGAUACCGUGGAGGCAGGCCGCCCUGGCGCUUGUCCGGCUUGCAACAGUCUGCAUGAGUUUGGUUUUUAUCGACCAUGUCAAUGCGUCAGAGAGAAUCGCAUCAAAUGUUGCAUACGCGAUUCUACUUAUGCAUACCGUGACCUUCGCAUCCAGUCUUCUUCUGGACUGUGUUUAUGAACCAACUCGCGGCGUCCUGCAUAACCUUGGUCUGUUGAAGGAAGAUCAGGCGCACAUGGACAGAUCCAAGGCUCCGGUUUAUGGCAUCAAGCAACUUUCACAUAGAUCGACAAGACGUACCUCCUUCGCGCAUCUGCCGUCUCUUGACCCGCUUGAUGUAGGACGCAGCGUCCGGCCGUCAUCCUCAGGCUCUGGUUCUGGCUACGGCUCUGGUAGUGGCUCCGGAGGUGAUUCUUUCGAGGACGUUCGCCUCGAACCGAUUCAGUUCUUCCGACCUCCUCGAUCUCAACGGUCCGUUUUGUCUUUCACGCUUCCUGCCCCGGUUGUCCCUUCAGCACCGACGUUUGAAAGUGACGCUGGCGAUAUAGGCAAGGCGAUUGAGUUGGACCCACUUGAUGACGGUGAGAUGCGUACGAUUAAUACGGACUACUAUUCGUGUCGCGAGGCGGAUCAGUUCUACGGGCGUAGGACUCAUGCUGAACACCCGGAUUUACAGCAGGGAGGCGAAGCACCUGGUCGUUCUUCCUGGCUGAGUCGGUUUAGGCGAGGCAAGAGGAAAGAGAAGAGCAAGGAGAAGGGGUUUGAGGUUAUUAGACCUCCUCGUCCGCCCAUGUAG